CCAAAACAAACACAACUAACCAGCGUGCGCAGAUUAAAAACACCCACAACUCACGCUGGCGUAGAUAUUAAUAUUUUAAGCGUGACUGUUCUCUAUUUAAACUGUUGACUCCAAUUCAGGAUUUUUGCUUUACAAGUGUAAAUACAGUACAGGUUGCAGUCACGUAGACUGACAUGCCGCUUACUGGAGUCACUGUUCUGUAAUAUGAUGAAUAAAAAAAUAAAAAGCGUCACGAUGAAGGUUUUGGAACAGCAAACACUAUCAAGUGAACGGAUACAGACAGUUCGCUCAAAAAGGACGUAUUCAAGCAGCUGGUUCUGUGUUCAUGUGUCGGAUCUGCAACCUCUUCUCCCCGAGUCGCUCUCAGCUGCUGGACCAUUGCUCCCAGCUGCACCCGCAGGAGGAUCCUCCGGAUAACAUCAUCAUUGCACUGCAGCCCCUGGAAGCAGAGCCAGUGGAGCAGCUGCCAGAGGCUCCAGCAAAGCGGAAACGAGGACGACCAAAAGGUUCUACGAAGAAAAAGUGCACAGAUUUGAUACAAGGCCAGGAUGACACUACCAAUUCUCUAGGAGAUGAUUUUAAAAGAGAAGAUGCAAGAAAUCAGGAGGGAAACCAAACGGAUAACUCAGUCCAAGGUGAAAGCAAGGAUGGGAGCAUAGGGCUUGAAUGCAGAAUCUGCCAUCGCUCAUUUAGCAACAAACGGCAAAUCCUUAAACACAUCUGCCUGAGAGAAGAGGAUGAAGAAGAGGAUGAACGGGAAAAUGGGAGCAUCUGUAAUGGAAAAGAAGGAGAGCGUUCUGAUGGAGAAGAUUCAAACCAGACAAGGAGAAACUCAUCAAGACAAAGACUCCCGAAAGAAAAGAGUGGGAGCAGUUUUAGACCCCCAGGAAACAACCGGAAUUGCCUUUCCAAUGGAAAAGGCCAAACAAUGGGGCACAAAAAGCCUGUUGUCAAUGUUGUCCUGACAGAAGAUGAAACAUUUCCAGGGGUUUCUAAAAUGGUUCCAGUUGAAGAAACUUCAGCUGAAACAGAGUCUUCAGGUGUCCCACCUCAACCCAAGCACCAUCCCAAUGAAGUCAAAACCAGUGAAAAUAACGAUGCAACAGACCAGGAGCUAAGCUCUAAUCUGUCCACCGCAACACCAGGAACCAGCAAAGGCUUCCAGGAAUAUUCUAUCAAGCAAGAUGCUACCAAUUUACCUCCGAGCCAGUUGAAGAUCUUUGCUUGCGAGUUCUGUUAUAAGAUCUUUAAGUUCAGACACUCUCUGGUUGCCCACCUGAGGACCCACACCCAGGAAAAACCGUUUCAGUGUCCACACUGUGACUACGCAUCAGCCAUCAAAGCCAACUUAAAUGUUCACUUGAGGAAGCACACAGGAGAGAAAUUCAGCUGUCAGCACUGCUCCUUCAACUGCCUCAGCCCAGGACACCUCAAGGUCCACAUUGAACGAGUCCAUCUGAAGAUGAAGCAACGCUGCAGUUUCUGUGAUAAAAAGUACUCUGAUGUGAAGAACUUGCUAAAGCACAUGGAGAAGCGGCAUGACCUGAAAGACUUGGCCGUCUCCCAGAAGUACCAGCAGCUGAGGUUAAAGACUCGUCAGGGCCUCAGAGAGCUUCUGUACCACUGUCCCACCUGCCACCGACGCUUCAAGAAUGAGCUGGAGCGAGAUCGCCACCUGUUGAUCCACGGGCCCCAACGCCCCUUCGCCUGCCUACUCUGCGAUCACGCUGCAACCAAGAUGACUCUCCUCACUGCUCACGUCAGGAAGCACCUCUUCAUAUACAUUUGCUGUGUGUGUGACGAGAAGCUGGUCAGCUCACAGAGACUGAGGAGUCACCUGGAAGAAUCUCACCCUGAGCUGGACCAAGAGCAGGCUUUCACCAACUGCAUCAACAUCAGCUAUUAUCUGAUUCCACCUGAAAAUCACAAGAUGGGAGAGGACGGUGGAGGACAUGGUGCCGAAGGGGAGGAGAGGCAGGAUAAAGAAGAAGAGCAGCUGAGGGAAGCAAGGUCGCAUGAGAAGGAGGAAGAACAGACCGGUUCGCUGGAGAAAAAUCUGAAAGUUGUGAGGGUGAUAGAAAGGGAGGUGGAAAAAGAGGGAGGAUUAAAUGCGGGAGCUCAGGAAGCUUCCCAAGAGAUAUGCAAGGAGUCAACAGCUGUAGAGAAGUUAAACAAUACAGCAGCAAGCACCUCUGCAGGUGAAAGGCCUGAAGAUAACUUGCACGCCUCUUUAUCAGCAGAGAGCCUUCACGUGCCAGUUACAGAGGACAGGACUCAAGAAAACGUAGGCGUAGAAAUUAACACAUCUGCAGCAAAACACACACAUACAUCUCCAUCAGCAGGAAAUACAAACAUUGAUUUGAAGAGAGACACACAUUUGUCUUCAGGUCCUGAGGACAACAACGGUCAAACUCCAGCUCCAGACCAGGUACUCCAUCAGAAUGCCUUCCAGCAGGUGUUGUCAUCUCUUCAGAAGACUCAACUUGAUAUGGAGACUUUCCUAAAACUCAGAAAGAUUUACGGAGACCUGGAGUGUCAGUUCUGUGGUAAACUGUUCUGGUACAAAGUCCAUUUUAAUGUCCAUGUGCGCACACACACCAAGGAGCACUUGCAUUACUGCUCAAAGUGCAGCUACUCUUCCAUCACCAAAAGCUCUUUAAAGCGGCACCAGAUCCAGAAGCACAGCGGCUUGCUGCUGCCCUGUUCCAGCCCCGGCUGUAAAUACACCACACCUGACAAAUACAAGCUUCAAGCUCACAUGAGGACGCACCAUGAACAGGGGAGAAGUGUGACUUGUCCCGUCUGUCACUGCGGUUUCCCUGAACACAGACUGAAACGCCACAUUAAAUCAUUCCACCCUGAUAUGGUGCCUGUGCGAGGUAAAGGACUGAUGGUGCAACGUGCAGAGAAGUGCCCUUACUGUGAAUCCUACUUCCUGAAGAACAGUAGUGACUUCCAGCAGCACAUCUGGGCCCACCAAGGUUUGAAGCCAUACGUCUGUAGUGUGUGCAACUACACGGGCCGCAGUCGCAGUAACCUGAAGACUCACAUGAACCGACACAACUUGGAGAGACAUCAUCUUUGUGAUCUGUGUGGUAAAAAGUUCAAGUCUAAACUUACGCUGAAAAGCCACAGACUGAGCCACACAGAUGAAGGGAAGCGGUUCCAGUGUUCGGAGUGUGACUUUACAUCAGUCUUUAAACCUUCUUUGCUCAGACACAUGGAGCAACAUGCCAAAUUUAAGCCGUUUCGUUGUGCUCACUGCCACUACUCAUGUAACAUUGCUGGUGCUCUGAAGCGACACUACAACAUGAAGCACCCGGAUCAGACCUACGAGAAUGCCGGACCUGGACUGCCUAACUCAGACACUCUGAAACAGCAAGGUGGUAUGAAGUGUCCUGAGUGUGAUUUUGUUUAUGGAACGAAAUGGGAGCUAAAUCGUCACUUGAAGAGCAAACAUAGUAUGAAGGUGGUGGAAGCUACGUGGGAGGUGGCUGAGGAAAUGGAAACACACUUUGUGUCUGUGGAUAACGAAGAGCACCUGACAGAAGCACCUCUAGCCGUCCUGGAGGAAAACGUUAAUAUCCAGCAGAUCACUGAAUUCAGCUCAGAGGCCCAGGAUGCAGUCACUUCCAUGGUUGCCAUGGCUCCAGGCACGGUUACUGUAGUGCAACAGCUGCAGGUGGCUGAGGAGCAGGAAGUCGGCAGUUGCGGUGACCAGGUGAUGGUGGUGAACACAGAUGGAGAACUGGAUGGCAACCAAGUGAUGGUGGUGGAGGACGCGCACGGCCUGGAGGCUCUGACAGUCCUUACUCAGGGUGAAAACGCGCAUCAUUAUAUUGUCUAUGUCCAGGAGCAAACUGUAGAGAUUAACUAGUAAUGUUACCAUUUCCGCAUCAUAUCGCAGUUAACAAUAAAACCAUGGUUUAGCAAACACUUACUUACCUUUUUCAUUGCUUUUCUGUCAACUGGUAAUUAUGAAAAGUGCAAUACAUAGUUGUUUUUUUCCACAUUUUGUAUGGAGUAUAUUCAAAUAAAGUCCCUGUACUAC